AGAGUUCAGUGCAUGAUACACGCUUCAUCUAAGUUGCGAGAGGAUAAGGACUCUCACUAGAAAUUUUUCGUGGCUUCUGUUUGCCAAAGAUCGUUGACAAUUAAUCACGUAAUUUUAAAGAAACAACAUGGCAGCAACAAAAGAUAUUAUUUAUAUUUACCAUUUGCCAUUCUUUGCACGAUCGGAGUUCUGUAAAAUCAUGAACCAAAAUGAUAAGUGGGAAGAAUUGGGUACCUGGAUGAAGUUUGAUAUGUUAACAAUAUACAGUUUGAGGAAGGAGAAGAAUCCUACCGAUAAACUUUUGACGCUGUGGGGUCACUACAACCACACAAUAACAGAAUUAUUCAUUUUAUUAUCUAGAAUGCAACAUUAUCAGUCAAUGGUGCCCCUGCUACCUCAUGUUGAGCAAAGGUAUCACGUGCUCUUACAUAAAGGAGAGGCAAAUUUACAAAAACUGCAACACAAGCGACUGGACAAGAAUACCAAGGAUUUAAAGAUUGGCACGCAGAAUUUCAAUCAGCACGCCCCACCAGAGCCAACUGUUGAUAAAAUAUUGAAUCAACAGGUAGCACAAUUAGCCGUUAGUCCCAGCAAUUCUAAUAAUUUGUUGGUAGUUUCACCGGGAGCUGCAGUUGUCUCCCCGCAAGAUACUAGCAGCAAUGUCAAGAAACUCAAUGAAUCGAUAUUGAAAACAGAAACUACUUUACCACAUGCAACCUACAGUGAAUUAGCGAUUGCCACCAAUGGAUGGAAUCAGCACAAUAUAUUAGGGAAGGGCGGCUUUGGAACGGUGUACAGAGGAACGUGGAAAAACACGAAUGUAGCUGUUAAGAAGAUCCAACGGAAAGGGCCUGAGUCGGAUGAGAGUUACAUGCUUCAACUCCAACAGUCACUAAGGGAAAUAAAAAUUCUAAACUCGCGCGCCCAUGAGAACAUCUUGCCUUUGUACGCGUAUAGCUUCGGUGGCGAGGCACCAUGCCUGGUCUACCAACUGAUGCAGAAUGGGUCGUUAGAAGAUAGGCUGUUAGUGAAACAGAGGAGUAGACCACUAACGUGGAUACAGAGGCACGAAAUCGGCAAGGGUAUCGCAUGUGGCUUGCAAUAUCUCCAUACGAUUGGUGAAAAACCGCUGAUUCAUGGAGAUAUAAAAAGUGCUAAUAUCUUGCUCGAUAAGAACUUUCAACCGAGAAUAGGCGACUUUGGUUUGGCGCGAGAAGGUCCUAAGAGAGACAGUAUGAAGAUCAGCAAGAUUCACGGAACUAGACCGUAUCUACCUGAUGAAUUUUUACUUGACAAAAAAUUAUCGACAAAAAUAGAUACAUAUAGCUAUGGAAUAGUUCUCUUUGAAUUGGCAACUGGUCUUCGGGCGUAUGACGACUCGCGACCGGAGAAGAAAUACUUGCGGGACUUAAUUGAUGAUUGGGAGGAUAAAGAUCUUCCUUUAUUAAUAGACAAAAAGGCAGGUGAAAAGGACAGUCAGGUUUUCGGAAAUUUUAUAUCGCUGGGAAAAUGGUGCGCAAACAAAUUGGCACAAAAUCGACCAGAAAUGGAACUUGUGUUUCGAAAACUAAACGAUUUAUGACUCGUGAUAUGAUACAUGGUACGGGAUCUAUAUGAUGCCUUUUUGAAAUUGACCAAGGUUUUUGUACAUCGAAUUACUUAUAUACCGAAACAAAUAUGAGUGCAAUCAUAACGAGCAUAUUGUGAUACAGUAGUUUAGUUAAAUAUAUUAUAAAUAAUGUAUAUUAUAUAGCAUAUUUUGUCAUUAUAAAAAUUACCAAUAUUUUUAUAUUAUUUUUAUAUAUACAUAUGUGUAAAUUUUAUAUAUAAUGUGUAAAUAUAUAUGUAAUGUUUAUAUAUAUGUGUAAAUUUUAUCUAUACUGGAUACAGGAUAAAGGUUUAGUUAAAACACGUAGAGAUAGAGUGGCUUGAGUUAAACUGAAAAGUCCCUACAUCGUUUCGCGUUUUUCACAUGGUAAAAGAGUUAUUAACUGAUUAAGAUUAGCAAUUUAGAACACAUCUCGCGCAGAUUUUUGUAGUCUAUUUUGUAGCAACGAACGUAAACACGUGAGGAAGGAGAUGAUAAUGUGUCGCUAGUAUUCUACUAUAUCUAUUUCUAUUAUCUAUUAUCUAAUAGGUCAAGCCUAGAACACUCCGCGCGCGAAGUGCGCUCUACUUUGCUAAUUCUAAUGAAUUAAUAUCUCUUUAAUUAUUUAUGAAUCUCGCAAAACGGUGUAGGACUUGUCAAUUCAAUUCAACCCACUUUGCCUUUGGCUAGUAUUAUUAUAUUUAUUAUAUAUAGGGACACCCUGUAUAUAAUAAAUCAUUUGUUCAGUUGUUGAAAUGUUUCACUAACAAGUUUUAUAUAUGCAAUUAUAAAAUAUAAAAUGCAUUAAUUAUACAAAUGUAUUUUAUUAUAUCUUUAUCUGUUUGUAAGAUCCAGAUAAAUGAAUAACAACACUUCGUUUACAAACAGUUUUAUCACAUUCUAUUUUUCGACGUAUGUCGCAAUACUUCAUCACUUAUUACAAAAGUUACAAUUUUGUACAUGCAAACUAUAAUAUAUGAAUAAAUAAACUA